AUGUCGGAUAGCAGCUUCAGCAUUACAAUUGCAGUGGACGCGCAGUGCGCAGUGGACGACAUCAAGCUUUGGCCAGCUUGGACUUUACGCAUGCGCUGGAGGACGCGUUCUCGAGUAGCGCCGCUGCCGCCCAUGUACGCACCAGGACCACCAUCACCACAGUCACCACCACCCCACCACGAUGUUGAGCAGGAUGCGCUGCGCGACUACAGGCCGUCGCCCAUGACCGUGGACUGCAACUUCAGCUUCCACCCCAUUCUCGGCACGAUCUCGAGCAGGGCCCCUGCAGCAGAUGUGCACCAGGCGUCGAGCUCUCCGACGAGCCCCCCGACGUGUACGUGGCGAAGAACGAACGAGGGUGAGAGCCUCCAGUAG